GGCCAGUUUGGGACAACAGUCUGUUCCUCGCUCCCCGCCCCGCCCUUCCUGGCUCCCGAGACUUCUGCCCUUUGUGGACUCUGAAAGCGACGGAGGGGGCAGAGCAGCUUCAGCCGCCCCAGGAUUUCCUCAUCAUGAUAAUGAUUGAAAGUAUUGACUCCAUAGUCACAAUUUCCAGCCAGGACCUCUGGGCUGAAAUCUGUUCAUCCCUGCCACAUCCAGACAAGAGUGAUGAAUCAAGCAAUGCAUUUGCAGAUUCGUUCACAGACGCUCACGUUCAUGUGGAAAGUCAGAACGAAGUCAUGAACACCACUUUCCAAGAAAGCAUGAAGCCCUGGGCACCACUGAAGGAUUCAGAUGCCUAUUUGGCAUCUUUAGAGAGAAGAUUGAUGAGGAUAAAGGGUUUGUCACAGGAGGUGACCUCCAAAGACAUGCUGCACACUCUUUCUCAGGCGAAGAAAGAAUGCUGGGACAGGUUUCUGCAGGAGAAGUCUGAGUCUGAAUUUUACACGGAGGGAACUGAAUCUGACGAGAGCACUCUGGAACACUUGAAGCGUUGGCUACAGCCUGAGAAAGUGGCUGUCAGCACCGAGGAAGUGCAGUAUUUGAUUCCGCUCGAGGCUCGUAUAGAGAAGCAAGAGACAGAAGAAGAACUGAUGAUGGCUGUAGAACAGUGAAAUGUUGACCUUUGCCUCCAGUCCGGGGGCUGGUGCAGUUUCUUUUAAAGCAGCAAGAGGAAGGAAGUGCCAGUGCUUGGUGAUAGUAGACCACACUUCCCACUGUACUUCUUAAAUUUCAGUGGCUUUGAAGUUGCAGAUUUAAAUCUAGUCAUAUGUAAGAAUCUACUAAGAUGACUGAACAUAAAAGGCAGCGGAUAUAAUCUUUGGAUAAUGAGAUGGACUGGAGUCAGGCAUGGGAGUGAAGAGUUCAUCCAUUUGCUUCGCUCUUCUCCUUUAUGGUCUCUUUUCUUUGGGUCUGCAUCAUUCCCAGAGGUUUUUGUUGUGUUCUUUUUGGAGGACUUGCAUGCACAUGGAUCCUGUAAACUGCAUUAUUUCAGACAAUUCGUCACCUCGCACUGCAAUGGACUGUGCAGAAACAUUGUACUCUCAAAUUUCAGUACGUGGAAACAUUCCUUUCCUCACAGCAUAUAAUCCCCAAAUGUAUGACUUCUAAGACUGAAACUCGUGUGUAUCUCUUUUCCCAACUUUUUUUUCUAAGCCCAAGCGUGCCUGUAUCUUUUCCUCUGUGAAGUGAAAAGCAACUGCCGGUGCAGUUUUGAGUGAUCUUGGCAACCUUUGCUUUUGGUUUUAGGAAGAAGAAAAAAUUGGGGGGAUAAAAUACACACCACUACAUUUUACAUUCAGUUUCAGUCUUAUAGAGAUGAAGCGUCUUCUACUGGAAAAAACCCACACUCUUUUUGUUAAAAAUGUUGUCUUUGUCCUUGCAAGCAAGCAGGUCUUGAAUUGAAAGUGUAGCACUUCAUGUAGUUAUUUUCUUAAAACUCUGGAUUUAAAACUGUUCUGGAAUGGAGCUACUUUGCUUUGCCAUUCAUGAGAUCUGAUUUCCCCAAGCAUCUUUUCCAGCUAAUAGAAUAUCCAUGCUUUCUUCUUCACUCUCGGUUUCCCUUGCUGCAAGAAGAAAAGAAAAAUGUAUUCCGAAACAAUAUGGAAUUAAAACUGUAGGAAUUUAGAUGGCAUAAAUAAGACCAAGUAUGAAAUCAGUGGUGAGCUGGAAAAGGAGGGUGUAUUACAUUAACCUUUUUACUCCCUGUGGCAUAUUCACUUGUGUGUGUGUGUUUUGUGCGUGUCAGUGCAUGCAAAAGGAGGUGAAAAUGUUUGUGCUCCAGCCACAUGUCAUGUCCUUGACUUCAUUUUCAUUACGUUCCCUCACUCCGUGGCCAUCCAUAGCAAUUCACUGCUCCCGUCCCUGAUACCUUUCAACAUAUGUAGCAGCCCAGGCCAGUUGCUGCUUUUGUGCCAUUUUUCCCUCAUUGACUUUUUGCUUCUUGCAAACAGUGCGGUUGCAAUAAUGCAGACAACCGGAUCUGAUUGCAUGGUGAUAUCAUGGAAGGCAAACUCGGUUUGAAUAUUUUUGUUUGCCAUUGGUGAUGUUGUUAUGUCUGAAUGGCCAUAUAGUGACUUCACUGGUCUCAGAGUGCUUUUUUAAAAAAAGGUAACAAAGCUGAAUUGGGUUUGGCACUGCUGGCAAGCCAAGAUGGCAAAAUAGGAAAUACCGAACCUGGAAAAAAAUUAGCAUAGCACAGUUAAAGUAUGCAAGUAGGUAUAUGUGUUUAUGAAGUAUUUGGAAAUGUGUGCUGUGGUUGCCUCCUCUCCAAAAUUGUAGUUUUGCUUAAAUAAUCCAGAAAUUUGUUAGACAAAACAUCUCAAAAUUGGGGAAGUUUACAUUAUUUCCCAUCAUUUUAUGUUUCACUUCCCUCUGAGUUUUUCUGCUCUGAUAAUAUGUUAUGGAUGAUGAACUGCAUAUAUUGCUGUCACAUUGGUGGGAUAGUCUCUACGUUGUCUAUUUGUGUAGUUAAUAUGCCUUUUCAAAAUUGAGUUUCACUGACUUCUGUCUUGAUCCAUCAAAACAUAUUUGCCUGUUGUAUAAGUGAUGUACCUUUGUGGCUCUUCACAUUUUUUUGUGUUGUGAUAGAAGAACAUGCGAUUUCAGAACUGAG